AGCGCUUCCGCCCGGAGAGGGGCCGGCCGCUUCCGGGUUCUGGCCCGCAGCUAAGAUGGCGGCGGCGGGAGGCGGGGGAGCCGCGGGGCCCCCCCCGGGGACAGAGUGAGCAGCGGAGCCGGCCGGGCCCGAGCCCCGAGUCCGCCCAGCAGCUCUGCUUUCCUGGCAAUGCACGUGCACUGGCGUCCCGGCCCCGCCACCCUGAGAACACCGUCCGCGCCCGUCCCGCCUUCUCAAUGAAUUCCGUCUCGCCUGCCUCGGUGCAGUACGUCAGCCAGGACGAGCUGCGCCAUUCAGAUGGCAGGAAGCUCUUUAACCCCAGGGCCGGGGGCCAGGAUGGGAGCUGCAAUGGGCUGUUCCCGGGGGGAGCGCAGAGCCGCCAGCCCAGCGAACCUGACGAGGUGGACAAGAUCAAGAACAAGCUCCUCUCGGCCUGGAACAACGUGAAAUACGGAUGGACGGUCAAGACUAAAACCAACUUCAGCAAGCUGUCCCCCCUGUACCUCUUCGGCCACGUCUAUUGCUUCGAGGUGGAGGAGGACGUGGAGCGGUUCCAGAAGGACUUUGCCUCCCGCAUCUGGCUCACCUACCGCCGGGAGUUCCAGCAGCUGGAGGGCACCAUGUGGACCACGGACUGCGGCUGGGGCUGCAUGCUGCGCAGCGGGCAGAUGAUUCUCGCCCAGGGGCUCCUCAUGCAUUUCCUCGGCAGGAACUGGACCUGGCCCGACGCCUUGUUCACCACCAGCCUGGUGGAGAUGGACCCCAUGAAGCCCGUCUCUCCCGCCCGGCCUGGCAGCGCCAGCCUGCAGCAGCUGCCUGCCUUCGCUGUGGACAGAGGCAGGGACCCCUGGCGCAUCUGGGCCCCGCUGCGCCCCCUCAGCCCGCAGGAGCUGGAGAAGGAGCGGAGCCACCGCACCAUUGUCUCGUGGUUCGCCGAUCACCCCCGGGCACCCUUCGGCAUCCACCGGCUGGUGGAGCUGGGCAGGAGCUCGGGGAAGAAAGCCGGGGACUGGUACGGCCCCUCCAUUGCUGCCCACAUUGUCAGGAAGGCGGUCGAAGGCUGUUCGGAAGCCAGCGGCCUGACUGUCUACGUAUCUCAGGACUGCACAGUGUACAAGGGGGACGUGGCAAGGCUGGUGUCUGGGAGCGACGGCCGGACGGUGCCAGAUCCCGGCGCCAGGCGGAAAGCUGUCAUCAUCCUGGUGCCCAUGCGCCUGGGCGGGGAAACCCUCAAUCCUGUCUAUGUAGACUGCGUGAAGGAGCUUCUGAAGCUGGAGCUCUGCAUCGGGAUCAUCGGUGGGAAGCCCAAGCACUCGCUCUACUUUGUGGGCUACCAAGACGACUUCCUGCUGUACCUGGACCCUCACUACUGCCAGCCCUUCGUGGACACCACCAAGGAGAACUUCCCCCUGGAGUCGUUCCACUGCAGCUCACCCCGCAAAAUGGCCUUCAGCAAAAUGGAUCCCAGCUGCACCAUCGGCUUCUACGCCCGCGACGGGCAGGAGUUGGACACGCUGUGCUCGGAGCUGACCAGGGUGCUGAACUCCUCGUCGGCCAAGGAGAAGUACCCCAUGUUCACAGUGACGGAGGGCCAGGCGCAGGAGUACGGGCUGGCCGAGCUGUGCUCCCGCUUCUCCCAGCAGACCGUGCAGCUCCCCAGGCGCAGCAAGCCCAAGGCGGCCACCUCGGACGAGUUCGUCUUCCUGUGAGCGGGGGGCGGCCGCUCCCCCCUUAUUUAUUACUUAUUUAUAGAGACACGGCGGGGGGCCACGGCCUGCCCUGCCCACCAUGUCACAACACUGGCGGUGCAGCAGGGGGCGCUGGGACGUGGCUCGAGGGCGCCCCCUGUGGGGACAGGCAGCUGGCGAAGGACGCGCCGGCGAACUGGAGCGCCCCCUGCUGCACGCUGUGAUUUACACUGGAAUAAAUCCCUGGCACGCGGGGGAGAGCGGUGCCCUCACCUAGGCCGGGCCUGUUACUGCGCUAGUGUCUAGCGCCCCCUGGA